AUGGGUUUUAUAUCUCUUAUUUUAAUUUUUUUAUCAAUUUUACUACCAAAUUUUAAAUGCGGUGAUCAGUUACCUAUAGAAAUAAAGUCAGAUGUUCUUUAUAUUGAGGAAUUUUAAUCAUUAAUCUACUAAAGUAAAAGUGAUUCAAAAUGGAGAUAUAGCACAUUAGAUAGUAGCGGAAACAUAUAAUAAACAAUUAUAAUAAAUAAUUUUGGUUAAACUAUAACAAAAGAUACAACUUAUUUUGUGGAAUAAGAUAAAAUUAUAUAUAUACUGACUUUUGGAGAAUCAACAUACUCUGUUAUUGAUACAAGUAAGCUCAAUAUUGAUCCUGAUGGGUCUUAUAAAUCAUAAGAAAUGAGCCCAACUUAAUGUGAUAUAAAGUAAACCAUUAUUAUGAAGCAAAAAAGUUUAUAUUUGCUGAUUUGUUUUGAAAAGUUAAAUUCUUUUUUUGUCACUGAUACUUCAUUCCUUGGUUUAUUUAGUAGCAAAUAAAUAACAAGUACAAAUAAAGGCAUGAGAAAUGAAUAAUAAUUCUUUUAUUAUGAUGGAUUUAUUUUUUUGUAAGGUCAAAAGUAUUAGAUAAAAUUUAUAGAUAAAAAAACUAUUGAUAUCUUGGUGGUUAAUUAAGAUUUCAACCUAUAUUUGGUUGAAUAUUAGCUGUCUUUAUUUUCAUUUAGUGACUAAGUUAUGACUUAAACAAAAAGAGUAUCGCUUGGAGCUACCUCAGAAAACAUUUUAAUGUCUAAAAUAAUUAGCUUCACAAAUAUGUUUGUAAUUUUUGCCUAUAAUCAAGACACAAACAAAUUUGAAUUCUUUAAUGCAUAGACACUAUAAAAAAUUUAGCAAAUAGGAGAAAAUAUGAUUUAUAUUGAUUAUCAGAGCUUUAUCUAAAGAGAUAAAGAUGUAUUUAUUGGAAAGAAUUGGUAUAAAAUAGAUUAUGAUUCUAAUCAAAAGUAAAUUUUAGUAUAAUUGAUAAGAUCAGAUUUACCUUAUUCUUAUCAGCUUAGAUACAAGCCAUUUCAAUCUUAUAAUUUUAAUAAUAAUAAUAUAAUUGAAUGCUAAAUAGACUCAAAGAAUUAUUUGACUGAUAUCAAUUUUAUGUAUGGGCUCUGCACUGAUGGAUGCAAGGACUGUAAAACAGAUACUUCGUGUUAAAACUGUUAGAAAGGAUCUUUUCUCGACUUUAAUUAAAAAUGUGUUUAGUCUUGUCCCACUACAUACAAGUAAGAUAAUAUUAAAAACAUAUGCGUUUGUGAUAAAGAUAGAGUAGAAUCUAAAAACCAUACAUGCGAUUGUAAAGAUGGUUUUUAUUUAAAAAAUCAAAAUUGUGAAAAAUGCUCUGCAAAUUGCUUAAAAUGCUCAGAUUCACAAGAAUGUUAAAAGUGUUCAGAUGGUUACUUUCUUUAAUUUGAUAAAACUUGCUAAAAAAUAUGCCCACCAGAUUAACAGUAAGAUAAAGCUAAUUAAACAUGUAAAUGUGAUUAAAAUGCGUAGUUAUCCUUAGGUUAAUGCAAAUGCAAUGAUGGAUUUUACAUGAAUGGAAAUUAAUGUGUAGUUUGUAAAGAGAAUUGUGCCACUUGCAAUGAUGGAGAUAACUGCGUGAAAUAUAAAGAAUGCAAUUCUUUUUAAAUUUUUGACCCAAACCAAAAAUAGUGUAUAUGCAAAGAAGGAUAUUAUACUAAUGGUAAGGAUUGUAGUCCUUGUUAGGAAGAUUGUUUGAUAUGUUAUGAUUCUAAAACGUGCUUAAAGCAAAAAGAGUGUGGGGAAAUGUAAAAAUAUGAUAAUUAAUUAAAAAAAUGCACUAAAUGUCUAUGGGAUACUGAUAAAAAGAUAUGCGUAGAAGAGUGCUAGCCUGAGUAGUAUAAAGAUACUGUGAAAUUAAUUUGCAUAAAGUGUGAUAAUUAAUAAAAAGGAAAUUGUGUGGUUAAUUGCCCACUCAAACAAUAUUAUGAUUAUGAAAUUUAAAAAUGCCUUCCUUGUCACUCCUCUUGCAACAGAUGCAAAGGAAAAAAGGAAAAUUAGUGUAUUAAUUGUGUAAGUCCUUUGAUCCUAUAACCUGAUUCUACUUGCUCGCAUUGCGAAUAAGGACAAUUUUUAGAUGAAAAAACCAAAAUAUGCGAGUAGUGCUACUACAAAUGCAAGUAAUGCAAAGGAAAAUCUGAGGAUGAUUGUAUAUCUUGUGUUUAAGAUUUUGUGUUAUCAUCUACAAAUUAAAAAUGCAUAACAAAAAACGAAGCAUCAGAAGAAGAUACUUUAUCAAAAAAACUUGAAUAUUCAGAAUGUUAAGAUUCUUCAAGUUUUGAUUGUCAAACUUAAUAAAACUUCUUAGACCUAUUUUAAAGUCUGCACUAAAUUAUGUUUUUUGCAUUUUUGCCACUUUCAGUACUCUGUUUGCUAUUUGUUCCUAAUAUUAGGCAACAAAUAUUUUACUUUAUUUAAGUACAAUAAAUAGUAGGUAAUUUUAUUAUGGACAAAAGAUUGAAUUUAUUAUGGUUAAAUGUAGGCUUUCUAAAAGUAUAAUAUGGUUUUAACAUUUUAAAUAUUAUUUCGUUCUUGAAUCAAUAAAAAAAAGAAGAAAUUGUAUAUGAUCUGAAUUAAUUUGAUAUAGGGAUAAACGUCUAAAAUUUGUCCUUAAAAUUUCUUGAUAACUGCUUAAUUCAAAUAGUUAUAUUAGCUAUUUUGUUAAUCUGCAUGAUAGUAGUUUUCUUUCUUAAAAGUGAGUCUCGUUUGAUGACAGAAAUAAAAACGUAUUUCAAUAUUAACUUUUUGAUAAGAUAUUUUAUGAUUUGCUCAAAUUAACUUUUUCUAUCGGCUUUGAUAUGUUUGAAAGAAAAAUAAAUAUUAAAGCAAAAUAAUAUUUAUUUUAUUUUGCCUUUCCUUCUUAUUUACAUAGUUUAGCUGCUUUAUUCUAUUUAUAUUCUCUUAUUCAGCAACUCUUUUGCUCUAAUUGACUCAGUUUAAGUACUAAGAAUUAGUAGUGAGUAAAGUUAAAAAAUGUAGAAUUUUUUCUGGAUCUUUUUUGAAUUUAAAAAAUUAUCCUCUCUUAUACUUAUUUAUUUAUUUUAAGAUAACUUAUAUGCUACAUUUAUUAUACCUGCUUUGAACUUGAUUUUUUUAAUCUACUUUAUUGCUUUUAAGCCAUUUUAAAACUCAAUUUAAGAUAAACUGGGAUGUUUAAUUGAAUUUAUCAGUAUAAUUCUUAUUUCCUGUUUGGCAGCUAUAUCAAACAGAGAAAAAUUAGGAAUAAGCAAUAACCAUGCACUCAACUUUGAAAUAGUUUUUGUAUCCUUCUCUCUGGCUCUAUUAGCUCAAUAAAUAAUCGUUUGUUGUCUUUACUUUUUCAAUUCUAUAAAAAACUAUUUCAUCAACAGAAGAAAUUAAUAGAUUUAAAAUGCAAAAUUGUAAAAUAUUCCACUAACAUCUUCAUUCUAAAUGAUUGAAUCUAUAAAUAACAUCUAAUCUAUACUAUCUUCAACAAAAUUUAGCAAAAUUAUCUUAAAAAAAAAUGUUUAUAAAUGA